AGAUGAAAGAUUAUAUAUGGAAUCUGAAGCAGCGGUUUAUCGGAUGAUUGCAAAAGAAAAACAAAUUGUAUUGAACUUUCCUGUAUAAAUUACUGAAGUUUCCAUAUAAGGAUCUCAUAAAGACAUCCAGAUCAAACCAGUGGAAAUCACAAAUUACAAGAUAAAAAAUAUUUCAGUGCAGUAAAAAUAUAUUACAACAUUAUAUUACAACACGAGACGCUGAAGCCUCCAUAAGAGUAUUCAAGAUCUACAAAAGCCACUGCAAGGUCUAUAAAUCACAAAAUAAAUUCUCUUCAAAGAACAUAUUAAAUCAAUGAUAAAAAAGAGAACAUUCUACAUAGGACAUACUCCAAAAUCUGCAAAAGGCAAUUCUACAGGACAUAUUAAGAGGACCAUAGUAGACAAACGCACAGGACAAGUCCAGAAAGUCAACUGGCACUGAUCAUCUUAACAUGAGGAAUAGAAUAUUAUCAAUUUGAGAUUAAUAAAAAAAUUGAUAAGAACAUUUGAACUUUUCUGUAAGGAAGAGAAGUUACACAUAAUAUACUAUAAUAAACAUAACAUAAUAAACUCAAAACAACACAUUGCCAACUUCAACUAACAUACUGACGGUUCAAAUUUAGCACUGAUAAUUCCACAUGAGCCAUGUCAUUAGACAGUUGGCAGAAAAAAGGAGGUGGAGAGAAUAUCACAGCAACUGUUGAUAGAAAUUUAACCAUCACCUUCCCAACUCCACUAAAUAAAAGUCUUUGUAACAUCAAUAAAAAUAUUGAUGCAGGAGUUCGAUAUGGCAGUUCAAGCAGUCCUACAACAGUAGAGAUAUGGACAACUUGUGGCAUCAUAAUCCUCAUUAUUGGAACUUUGGGAAAUGUGUUCACUAUUGUCGUGCUGUCAAGGAAGAACAUGCGUAAGAAGACAACAGCGAUGUUUCUGACAUACCUAGCCUGUGUGGACACAUUAGCUCUUUGGGUUGGCUUGUUUCCAAACUGGCUGGCAAAGAGUUCAGUGUCUCUUGAUAUUGUCUCUGAUGUGGGAUGUAAACUCCUUGCAUUUUUAGCGUACACACCUGUGCAACUGUCAGCGUGGAUACUAGUAAUGGUGUCAAACGAGAGAGUGAUUGCAGUGUACUUACCAACAAAAGUAAAUCAAAUAUGCGCAAAACGCAUGGCCGUAUGUACACUAGCAGUAAUCACCUUCUUCAUAUGUGCCAUAAAUCUUCAUAUGUUUUGGGUGAAUGGUGUAGUUGAUGUACGAACCAGUAAAUGUGGAGUGUCCAAGUCUGAAUGUGGAGUGCUUAAAGAGUAUUUGUAUGUAUGGGAGGUACAUUUGCGCUGGCUAGAUGCGACCAUAGCUUCUAUUUUACCAUUCAUCAUCAUGCUUAUUGCGAACUGUAUGAUAAUUGGCAAAAUUGUGCUUCAUCACACAAACCAAAGUAAAAACAAGGCUAAGGUCACAUCUAUGACAAUUAUGCUAUUGGUGUGCAACUUUGCUUUCAUAAUACUUACAUUACCUAUUGUCCUAUUAGAAAUUUUCAAAUCGCAAUGGUAUCAACACUUUAAAGAUGAAAAACAUGACAAUUUCUUCAAAGAGAGAGAAGAUUUGGAACUACACUCGACUGUCUGUCAGAUGUUUCAAUAUCUGAAUCACGCUAUCAACUUCAUCAUGUACUGUUUUGCGGGACCUGCAUUCAGGCGUGAACUAUUAUGCAUGAUGAAAGAAAACCGUUAUUUGAGGAAGAUUGCAUGUUGUGAAAAUGUGAACCGAGUUGGUGAGCCAAGUAGCAAUGUUACCCAGAGUACAACUGGGAAUGGAACCUUUGCACGAGGGACACUCACACCAGUCGCAUAGUACUAGAGAAUUGUGAAGAAUGUCUCUGAACACAAGAUUUUAAGCUUUGAUUAACAUGAACACAUAUAUUCUAGAACUUAUAAAGUAUGUAUAGAUACAGGCCCGUAGCCAGGGGGGGGGGGUUCGAUGGGUUCAAAAAUUAUUUCAAAAUCAUGCAGUGUUUCACCUUUCUGAGCACUUUUUAUUUGAUUUUGGCCAUUUUUGGACCAGAAUUGUCACAAGUGAACCCCCCUGGAAUUUUUCAAAAAAUGAACCCCCCUUGGCAAAUCCUGGCUACAGGCCUGAGAUAUCAAUAUAAAGUAAUAAUUACAUGUAAGAGGAAAAUCUGUCACAAAUGACCAUUGAAAAGGAAAUGUUCAGAAUCUUUAGAAUCUAUUUCACUGUGAUAAGUGAAUGGCCUUAAUACUGAUGAAUGGCCUCAUCACUCAAUAGCUACUAUUCAACAGCAGUGACAAGUUGUAUAUCAUUAAGAUUGUGAUAUAUGAAUCAUAAAGCUUUUUGCUAGAUUAUAUUUCAACAUUUUUAAACAAUUUAAAUCUAAUUUAAUUAAUUAAUUAAUGUUUAACUGAAUUUUUUUAAAAUUAAUUAAACGUCUUUAUGAUUUUAAGAUGAGUCUUCAUUGUUAUCAACAGUUAAGAUGUGAAUUGUUUUUAGUACUGUUUUGUUUUUGUCCCAAUUUUUAAAUGUGAAAUAAAAAUGUCGUCGAUGAUAUUGGGAUUAUCUCUGGACUAAUAUAAUCAAGCCAUUGGACCCACAACCCUUAUAUUGGCUUCAAGAUAAUUCCAAUAUCCUGAACCUCAUAUAGGAUAAUCUCAAAAGAUUUUCAAAAGCUGGCAAGAUAUAGCUUUACAUUCAAUUGAGUAGCCAUAAAUCAGCCUUAAAAACUUUUUUGACUAAAAAGAAAGUUUCAUGAGGAAAUCGAAAAUCUUAUGAAAAAUAUGUAUAUACAAGCUUCAGAACUCUAUGUUUUGCAGAAACCUGUCUGAAUUAAAGCAAAAAAUGCCAACUGAAAAUGUAUAUAUAGAGAACAUGUUAUGGGAGUAUAAGAUAAAUAAAACAAUUUAAUGUAGAUCAGAAUAUUGGGAUUAACCUUUGGCAAAUAUAUUACAUCUGUUCUCGAUUUAUCUUGCCCUUAGGCAGAUUAUAUUAUAUUUGCCUACAGAUAAUCCACAUAAUUUGAACUUCAUAUAUUAUUUUUAUCUUUAAAUUAUGUUCAGAUGUGCAUGUAUAUUACGCAGAACUUUAAUAUUUAAUUUGUUUUUGCUCUAUUAUAAAAGUCAUACUAUAAAUAUCACC